GGGUCCUGUCAGCGGGCGCUGCGGUGCGGGAGCUGCCCCGCGCAGAGCCAACCCCGCCGCCAUGCCCGGCAUCGACAAGCUCCCCAUCGAGGAGACGCUGGAAGACAGCCCUCAGACCCGCUCUUUGCUGGGAGUAUUUGAAGAAGAUGCUGCUGCAAUUUCCAAUUACAUAAAUCAGUUAUUUCAAGCCAUGCACAGAAUAUAUGAUGCACAGAAUGAAUUAAGUGCAGCAACUCAUCUGACUUCAAAGCUUCUGAAGGAAUAUGAGAAGCAGCGUUUUCCACUAGGGGGAGAUGAUGAAGUUAUGACUUCCACUCUACAACAAUUUGCAAAAGUAAUAGAUGAGCUCAGCUCUUGCCAUGCAGUACUUUCAACUCAACUUGCAGAUGCAAUGAUGUUUCCCAUUACCCAGUUUAAAGAAAGGGAUCUAAAAGAGAUAUUAACUCUAAAGGAAGUUUUCCAAAUUGCAAGCAAUGACCAUGAUGCUGCCAUUACCAGAUACGGUCGGUUGUCAAAAAGAAGGGAAAAUGAAAAGAUCAAGGCUGAAGUUACUGAAGAUGUAUAUACUUCCAGGAAAAAACAGCAUCAGACUAUGAUGCAUUAUUUCUGUGCACUAAAUAGUCUUCAGUACAAAAAGAAAAUUGCCGUGCUAGAACCUUUGCUAGGAUACAUGCAAGCUCAGAUAAGUUUUUUUAAAAUGGGUUCAGAAAAUCUUACUGAGCAAUUAGAAGAAUUUUUGACCAAUAUUGGCACGAGUGUACAAAACGUUCGCAGGGAAAUGGAGUGUGAAGUAGAAAACAUGCAACAAACUAUAGAGGACUUGGAAGUAGCUAGUGAUCCACUGUAUUUGCCUGAUCCUGAUCCUACAAAAUUUCCUGUUCAUAGAAAUCUAACCCGGAAAGCUGGCUAUCUCAACGCAAGAAAUAAGACAGGGCUGGUAUCUUCCAGCUGGGAGAGACAGUUUUACUUCACUCAGGGUGGAAAUUUGAUGAGCCAGGCAAGAGGAGAUGUAGCUGGGGGACUUGUCAUGGAUAUAGACAAUUGUUCUGUAAUGGCUGUGGACUGUGAAGACAGACGGUACUGUUUCCAGAUAACAUCUUUUGAUGGUAAAAAGUCUUCAAUCUUACAGGCAGAGAGUAAAAAAGAUUAUGAAGAGUGGAUAUGCACCAUAAACAACAUAUCUAAACAGAUAUAUCUUAGUGAAAACCCUGAGGAAAUUGCUGCACGUGUAAAUCAGUCAGCUCUGGAAGCUGUUACUCCAUCUCCUUCCUUUCAGCAGAGGCACGAGAGCAUGCGGCCUACUCUACAAUCUCGGCCUCCUGCAGCUCGGACGAGCAGCACAGGGUCACUUGGAUCUGAAUCAGCAGCUUUAUCGGCGCUCUCCCUGGAUUCACUUGUUGCCCCUGACACGCCGAUACAAUUUGACAUAAUAUCUCCAGUUAGUGAAGAUCUGCCUGGUCAAGCAAAAUCUUCAGGGCAAGCGGGGAGACGCACAAAUCCUUUUGGUGAAUCUGAAGGCUCAAAAUCUGAAACAGAAGAUUCAAUUCUUCACCAGUUAUUUAUUGUAAGAUUUCUUGGCUCUAUGGAGGUGAAGUCUGAUGAAAGUCCAGAUGUUGUUUAUGAAACAAUGCGUCAAAUACUAGCAGCCCGGGCCAUCCAUAAUAUUUUCAGGAUGACAGAAUCACAUUUAUUAGUCACUUGUGACUGUUUAAAGUUAAUUGAUCCACAGACACAAGUUACAAGACUGCGAUUUCCUUUGCCCAAUGUAGUCUUGUAUGCUACGCACCAGGAGAACAAGCGCCUCUUUGGAUUUGUGCUUAGAACUUCAGGAGGGAGAGUUGAGAGCCACCAAACUUCUGUCUGCUAUAUAUUUGAAUCAAAUAAUGAAGGGGAAAAGAUUUGUGACUCUGUUGGACUGGCAAAACAGAUAGCUUUUCAUGCAGAACUGGAUCGAAAAGCAUCAGAAAAGCAAAAAGAAAUUGAGAGAGUCAAAGAGAAACAACAAAAAGAACUGAAUAAACAAAAACAAAUUGAAAAGGACUUAGAAGAGCAAAGCCGCUUGAUAGCUGCUUCCAGCAGAUCAAACCAGAGCAGUGGAGAAGGACAGUUUGUAGUCCUGAGCAGUAGCCAGUCAGAAGACAGUGAUUUAGGAGAAGACGGAAAGAAGAAGCGAGAAUCUGAAGCCUAAUGUUGCCUACUAUAUUAAAAUGGUAAUCUUGGAUAUAUCUGGCGAAAUGGCACAAGUCCUGCAAGAAGUGAAAUGUAGGUGGAGGGUCUGUUGUAUGAUAGAAGAGAGUAGACCCUGUUAUGCCUUGAUUUUUCUUCCUCAGUUGCGUGAAUUCCAUUUUCACGUCAGUAUAACUUCUCUUCUGUAUGCCAGAUGAAUCACCAAAUUAUGUCUUCUUGAGGCUUUUCUGCACUAUGGAAAAAACUGUGGGUUCCCCCCAAUCUCUCUGUGCAAUUGACUGCUUUUGAAGCAAAACUUAAAACUCUGGUUGGACUUCAGCAGUACAUGGCAAUGUGUUCUUUACACUGUACCAUGGAGAACACCUUGCUGGAAGCAGAAGUGGGUGUCCAAAUAAGGCAGUGCUAAGCUUUACCUAAUGUGUUGCACAUACCUGUUCUUAAAUUUAGAAAGAAAAAUCCUUAUUAACAGCAGAGAUUUGUGCAGUAGUUCUAGACAGAUCUUUUUUGUGUCAUAUUGCACUGUAUGACACAGUCUUCAUUUUUUUGGUCAACAGAAUGCUGAAAGAAUUGUUUUCAACAGGAAAAAAAAAUAGACCUAAAUAAGAGCUGAUGAGACACAGUUGCACUUUGCUGCAUGAGGAAUGUAUAAAGCAUUCCUUAUCAAAUUAUAAGAGUAAUGUAUAUAUUCUUGUAGCACAAGUGCCAUGUUCUUGUUUUUUUUUUUCCCCAGUACAUGUAAUAACAAGUUGUAAGCCUUAGAGUUCACUUUUUAUAAAACAUGCUUGCAGUUGCAGGAACAUCCUGAAUUCCAUCAUUUGAAAAAUCUUCUGAAUAUGUAUAUGCCUUGUCAGCUGUACACUACAUUUACUGAAAACAAGUUGAAGCUCUUAAACUUUUUAUAGAAAUUGAUUUUGCAAACAGAAUUAUGAGCUCUGAAGUAAAAGACUAUGUUAAUCCUACAUUCUAGACUCAAUCCUGUAAAGCAUUUUUCAAAGCAGUGUCUGUUUAUAGCUUGUAAGCAAGUGGAGCUCUGUGUUCCAAACUGUGUAAUAUGUAUUUUGUAUAGUACUAAAUGUGCAUUCACCUUUUGAUCCAGAAGAGAAAACUUGUUUGAAGAGAAAGAUUUAUUUUUGCACUAAUUACUAUAAGUACUAAAAGCCAGUGGAACAGAAAUAUAUCUCUCAUAGUGGCAUGAAAAUAACAGGAAAUGUAGAAAGAGAAGAAUAUGCUUAUACUCCAAGUUACAUUAUAACAGUUACGAGUGUUUUACAGCUUGUUGCAUGGCAUUUCUGGUGUUCAGGAAUGGAAGCAGAUUUCUGAAUGUCUGGCUCAGCCCUUCAUAGCUGGAGUUGCUCAGUGCUCGUAAAGCAAGUGAGGAAUCUCAGGCCCUCACUGCCAAGAUGUCUGUGGGUGCAUAUCCUUGGCUCUCCUCACACACUGGAGCACUGCUGUGGUGGCUAAAGCCAGCAGUCUCCUCCUGCCCCUUCUGCUGGACAUGCAAAUUUCUCUGCAGUUCUCUGCAUCUAGCUCCUGUCACAGGAGAGAAGAGGGAAGCAGUGCCUGGGCAGAAUGAAGGGAGCCAACUGUGCUGCUGCAACAGCUGUUCUCAGAGCAGAUGGGACUGGCACUUCAACCCGUGGAAGGGCUUGAGCAGCCUUGGAAGAGGUCCCAGCACUCCUACCUUAAAGGAGGAGGGGGAGCAGGGGGGAGCGGGAGGCUGAGCAGCAGGGAGCCUCCAGAUUCACUUCUUGAGCCAGUCAGCAAUGCCUGUUCCAGUGCAUUUUUCAUCCCCAGAGGAACCAGCCAGUCACUUGCAGAAAUACCUGCUUUUGCUGUUGUCCAGUCAGGCCCACUAGCAUUGCCCUGCAGCCAUGUUAGGCUACCACCCUGGACAUGGACCACACCAAUCUGAAGCUUUUUUUUAGAGUGGUGUUUUUAUUUUAUAUGUAGUCUUCUAUUCUCAUCUCUUGUCCUUAUGAGACUGCUCUUAUUCUUGCCAACAAAAAUGUACAGAGGCAGCAAAUCCCAUUUUUUCCGUUUUUAUACCUAAAUCUGGGCUUACAGAUAGUUGCAUGCAACCAGCUUGUCUAUGAAAAUUGUUCUGGUUCAUGGUUUUUUCUUGUUUGUUUUUUUUUUUUUUUGUUUUGUUUUACUUACUGAUAUUUGUUUUAUAUCAAAUAACAUGACAGCGUAGCUCAAGAUUGCUGUUUCUUACAGUAUCUUCCUUAAGUACUUAAGUUCCUAAAGAUGAAGUGAUUUUGAAACAGUACAGGAAGAAUGAAAUCAGUGGUCUCCAGUUUCUAGAAUCUCAUCUCCCAGCUUCUCAGAGUAGGAUCAACUGACGUGUUAACCAGUUUAGCUGCAACAGCCAUAGAUCCAUAUCGAAGACAGUUAACAGAUCAGCCAUCUCACCAAAACACAUUGAUUUACAUCUGCUUUGCAUUAGCCUUGUUGAAGAAAUGUCAAAAAAAGAAUAAAUCUAUUUUCUUUUCUUCAAAUCUACCAUUACUAUAUUAGACAAAUCUGCAAAGAUGAGGAAGAAAGCAAGAGAAAGAUUUGGCAGAUGAAGUUACUGUCAUAGGACUUUUCAGAUUUAACAACUGACUGGAAUUACUCCAUUUUCUUUUCACAGGCUUCCCAUCUAUGUCAUGAAAUGUAGUUUUCUGUAACAGACAACAUAGAAGUGAAGUGCAUUUCUUUUCUGUUAGAUGAUUCUCAUCUUAACCACUAAAAAAAAGGGAAAAGAAGAAAAUCGUUAAAGAAAACAGUUUAACAAGCAUGAAUGAAAAUAAUGGGAUUUUUUUUUUUUUGCUUGUUUAGUAGAGUUUCACUGAUGAGAAACAAACUAAAAGAUAUAAAAGCAUCUAUGAGAAUGAUGAAAGUUGCAAUUGCAAAUGGCAGGUCCAAAGAGAUGAGGAAGUUACACUGGAAUGGUGCAAUGAGUUAGCAGUAGUGUGAGAAUUACUGAGGUUUGCUUAAGAGGAGAAGCACCUGGCUUUGUAAUUAGAACUAUUUCAAGUAAAAAAAAAAACAACAAAACAACUGUGGAAGUUUUAUCCAUACCCACCUCCCCAAAAUUAACUAUUUGCUACUCUUUUUCCUAUGAGGUUUAGAACUACUUAAAAAUGUUUUCCAAUUACUAAAAAAUAAAUCAGAGUUUCUAAUAUUUACCUUGAGGGUAAGACUUGAACAAACACAUGUUCUUCUGGAACUACUGCUGCAGGAUUUCACCACCUGAGCAUUUUACUAUUGUAAGUAAAUUACUGGUUGGUUUGCUCUUCUAUGAUUUAUUUCUCCUCAUUAAGAAUUCCUAUUGCCUUUUACUUACAAGACUGAUCUUUCAAGCACUCUCAGCUGGAGCUGUAGUUUGCUUCAUAUGAAUCUAGUAUUCUUUCAGACACUCCUGAAAUAUUCUUUUACGUUCAUUAUUUUAAAGUGACUUUGCAUAGGCACUGAAUCAGCAGUGCUCUUUAGGACUAAAUUUUUAUGUUGCUGCUUGCAGCCUAACAGUUACCUUCACAUUUUUUCCCUUCUGUAAGGGCACAUUAAGUUUGCUACACUAUGUAGAUUUACACACUACAGACUAAGUAAGUCUUGCCAUCUGUUUCAAGCUACACACAUUCUUUAUGUAUGUAAUGGCAUGAAUAUCAAACUAUAUCAAGUGUGCUUAUGGGUAUGCAUUUUAUUGCAUUAGAGGUAACACCUAGCACUCCCUUAUGACCAUUACUGGUUUUCUCCAAGUCUAAAUCAGAGGACAAGUUAAGAGUCAAAAACAAUUUAGCCAUAAAUAACUGGUUACAAAUGGGCAGUGUAAACUUAAUUUGUAUUUGAUAGUCUAUUAAUUCCAUAAUCUGUUUAGGUUUGAAAUUGUAUUAAGACAAUUUACUAACAGUCAAGUAGUAUUUAAGAGUUAAAGAAUUCCUCCUCCACAAUGCUGUCAAAUUUCAUCUUCAUAUGGACAUAAACCCAGAGCUGCAAAUCCUGAAACAGCUGAAGCCAAUUAUGAAGAUACAGUUUAGGUACAUUGAUAUAAAGAAGCAAAUUUGACUGUGCAUAUAUUUAAGGUAAAUUCUGAUUAGGAGAAGCCAAUGGAGAAAAUCAUGAUACAGUGUCUUAUUUCUGAAGUAAUUCAUGUAAAGAAAACUUGCCUCUGCUUAGUGAGUGUAGUAGAGCUAUCAUCUAGUUUUAACAGCAAGAGCUGGUAUUUUAUAUCCUUUCUGUUGCCCUAUUUUACAAAACUUCUAGCAAGUCAGUUAGUCUCCAGAGCUUUUCUUUUUACCCAAGCAGUAAGUGGAUAUUCUUUUCCUGCCAGAGUGGUAUCUGAGUUGUCAUGACAAGAGUAAGUCAGUGUCAUUGUGAAUGCACUUGUAUUCCUAAUGGAGUUUAUAUUGCAAGCCAAGGAUUUUGUACAAUCUUACAAGUAAUUUUUGUAAUGACUGCACUGGUAAAAUUCUUAUGAUGAUGUUCUGGAUCAGUCCUGUUCUAGUGAAGUGUGAUUUUUGCAACGUUUGAGACUGACUUGCACAUACUCCCUGAAUAGCUGUAUUAAAACCCCCAAUGGCACACUUAUGUCAACUUUGAUUGUUGUGUCUUAAUCUUGGAAACAUGGAUAGUAAACAUAUUAUGCCAGGGCUUCAGUCAGCAUUUUGUAGAUUAAAUAAAAGCUUCACUAUAGUAACUUUCUGGGUGGGAUUUGUACUGAUACAAAAACUUGCAUUUUUCAUAAUACUGACUUCCAGGAAGUACCAUUAUUGGCGACAGGAUGCAUUCCAUUAAAUGAAGUUUUGACAUGCAGUUAUAUUCCUUUGUUGUCAAAGUGUAUCUCAGUUCUCUUCAUUUUAAUCACAUUAGCCAGAUAACCUCAGAGGAAGUUACUGUACUUGGGAAUGCUGAUAGCUUAUUUUUGCAACAAUCAAAGACUGAAGAGUAGAAGAAAGUCCUUCCCACCCUUGCUGGCUGUUCAGUGCACAUGUAGUGGCAUGAGAGUGUGUAGCACUCUGCAGAGGUGUGGGUGUGAUAACCAUCAGGAUUCAUAUUCACAGAGGCUAUACCAGCACAACAAUUAACAUGGGUACUGAUACAUAUCUUCAUGGGCUUCAUUAGUUUAUUACAUGAUAAACACCAUGUAAAAAAGCAACAAGUCAUAACUACAUUAUGGUUAAAUUUGUAUUUUAUAAGGUUUGUAGAUUUUUCUGGGGAAAAGCAAACUUUUGAAAUAUGUAACUUCUGUGAUAAAGAUGCAUGUAUAACUAGAAAAAAAUCUAUGCUUACUUAAUAAUGAAGGAAUAAAUAUUACUAAUGCCAA